AUGUAUAGCUGUGUAGAAGAAGUAUUACAAGAUCACAUUGAAACCGAUAAUGUGUUCAUUAAUUCUGAAAGUUCGUCAGAAACUGAUUUGGAUAGAAUUGAAAAAACUUGCAGUGAAUUGUUUGUUGAAGCAGAAGAACAAGAACAUGUUAACCUAGAGGAUUACAUUGACUUAAAUGAUGUUUUCAACUCAGUAACAUCAGAAAACACAGAACAGGAAAAGAAAUUACCAAAUGACUUUAAUGUAUUUGAUUUUUUAGAGACUUUGAAAGAUAAAACCAAGCUGUCUUCUGAAGAAGGAUCCCUGAAGAAUAACAUUAAUACACUCCUCUCAAAACUACAAACUAAAGAGUAUUUACCAAGGGUCCAUAUAUUUCUGCAAAUUUAUUGGGCUGCUAUAUCAGACAACAUUACUGCAAGAUUGAAAACCGUUAAGGGCAAUGAUAAAUUUUAA